AUGUCCGCCGACGCAACAGUAACCAUUGAGACCAUAGUCCCCGCCGUCGCAGCCGGCUCUGUGAGGAGCGGCGCCGCGGGCGUCCGUGGCAAGCCAGUCUCAGGACGAGUAUGGAAGACCACACAGACAAAGAGGCACACCUCUAUGAAGCCCCGUAUGCUUCGGCAAGGCUGGGGAAAGCAAAUAGAGGAGCGCAAGCAACACCAAGUAAUGAAAGCUAUUGAGAAGGAGCUCAAGGAUGAGAAGGCUGCUGAGAGACAGAAACAAAAAGAUGCCGAGAAGGAACGUCUGAAGCGGAAAGAGGAGAAUGAGAAGAAGGCUGAGGUCGUGCAGAAGGUCUCUGCUGCCAAGGUGAAAAGGAUGAAGAAGAAGCAGCUUCGUCAGUUGCGUAAGGAGUAG